GCCCUGGCUGUGACAGGAGGCAGCUGCCACCACUCCAAAGCUCCCUCACUCACUGGUGAGCCCUCAGGCUCCCAGGCCCGGGGGGCCAUCAUGGCCUACCACUCCUGCGUUGUCGGCUUCAGCAGCCUCAGUGGCUGUGAAGUGACAUCUGUGGGCAGACCUCAGCCUGGGACCUCAGGAUGGGGCAGCUGUGGGCUCCCUGGGCCUGGCUUCAGCUCUCGAAGCCUCACAAGCUGUAGGCCACCUGGCAUCAUCCCCAAGGUGACUGUGAACUCCAGCCUGCUGGUGCCUCUGGACCUCAAGGUGGACCCAGCUGUCCAGCAACAGAAGAACCAAGAGAAGGAGGAAAUGAAGGUCCUCAAUGAUAAAUUUGCCUCCCUGAUUGGCAAGGUACAAGCUCUAGAGCAACGCAACCAGCUGUUGGAGACCCGCUGGAGCUUCCUACAAGGCCAGGGAACAGCUACCUUCGACCUCAGCCACCACUAUGAGACAUUCCAGAGCAGUCUACAGGAGGAGCUGCGCAAAGUGAGCCAGGAGCGGGGACAGCUGGAGGCCAACCUGCUGCAGGUGCUAGAGAAAGUAGAGGAGUUUCGCAUCAGGUAUGAAGAUGAGAUCUCCAAGCGCACAGACCUAGAAUUCACCUUUGUCCAGCUGAAGAAGGACCUAGAUGCCGAGUGUCUCCGACGAACUGAACUGGAAACCAAGCUAAAAGGCCUGCAGAGCUUCGUGGAGCUGAUGAGAACUGUCUAUGAGCAGGAGCUGAAAGACCUUACUGCCCAAGUGAAGGAUGUGUCGGUGACCGUGGGCCUGGACAGCCGCUGCCACAUUGACCUGAGUGGCAUUGUGGAGGAGGUGAAGGCCCAGUAUGAUGCCAUAGCUGCUCGAAGCCUGGAGGAGGCUGAGGCCUAUUCACGGAGUCAGCUGGAGGAGCGAGCUGCCCGCUCAGCAGAGUUCGGGAGCAGCCUCCAAAGCAGCCGCUGUGAGAUCGCAGACCUCAACGUGCGCAUCCAGAAACUUCGGUCUCAGAUACUCUCCAUCAAGAGCCAUUGCCUGAAACUGGAGGAGAACAUCAAGGUGGCUGAGGAGCAAGGCGAGCUGGCCUUCCAGGAUGCCAAGGACAAGCUGGCCCAGUUGGAGGCUGCUCUGCAGAAGGCCAAACAGGACAUGGCCCGGCAGCUGCGCGAGUACCAGGAUCUCAUGAACACCAAGCUGGCUCUGGACAUCGAGAUCGCCACCUACCACAAGCUGGUGGAGGGGGAAGAGAACCGGAUGGACCUGCCUUCUGCAACCGUGGUCAGUGCUGUGCAAUCCCGAUGCAGGACCACCCCUUCCCUCCCCCACUGUUUGUGUCUCUGUAGCUGCCUCCAAGUCUGGCCUCUCCAAGACCCCCUCCCGGAAGAAGAAGAACCACAGAGGUCCUGUGAUCAAAAUCACCGAAAUGUCAGAGAAGUACCUCUCCCAGGAGUCAGAGGCCUCAGAGUAGGACAGCGACCCCAGGAGCCUCAAGUCCCUUCCACUGCAGCAGGAGGGACUUAAGCUAAACUUAAGUAGCCUGGAGCCUCCAGGUUGGGAGGGGAGAUGCUGAACUGAGAGGUGGGUUCCAGCUGAGGCUUCGUUUCUCUCAAUGGUCAGUGAAGUCAAGGGAACAUCGCCAGCCCCAUUCUACAUCAGAAUCUCACUCGCCUCCCAACCUCCUGGCCACAGGUUGUCCUGGCUGGUAAAGGGGAACUUGGGGUCAGUCACCUCCUUGACCCUCUGAAAUGCCUCUUCCCACAAAUCUCUGACAAGGUGCUUGACUUUUGCCCAUCGCUUGCCCUGACCUCAGCCUUGCCUCGCCACUGCCUCAGAGCCUAGGCUGCCAUCCUUACUCAUUAGCCAGGCCACAGCCUCAGCUGAAGGACACAUUGGAUUUGUCCCAUGGGGGCUUAAGACCCCUGGCUUUCCUGCCCUUAGGCUCCCCAGACAUAUGACAGUAUUGGGGGACAAGGGAAGGAAAGGCCUGGUAUGUUAGUCAGAAGCCUAAGUCUCAGAGAGGCCCAGAUACCUGCACCCACUCUCUUCUAGAGUCUAAGAUGUCAACCAUAACUAGUCUCCAGCACUACCCUGGUCAUGGCCAACACCCUAGGAGCAAAUGCCAGAGACGACAACCUGACAUCAGGCCUUGCCUUCACCUCCCUGUCAUUCUGGGUUGUGCCGCCAUCCUGCAAUCUGGGCUCUGCCUCCAAUCCAGGUCUCUCCGAACUCAAUGCUUGCCUUUGGUACAGCAGGCUCUAGAGCCCCCUGAGCCAACCCUGCCAGAAAUGCCCAUAUCCCCCAAGUCCCACUUGCUAGAACCUCUGUUCUAUCCCCAGGGUCAAUGAUCUAGGACAUUCCAUCCAGCAGGUCAACCCCUCCUAGUUUCCUUCCUCCCUCCCCUCUUCCAAGCUUACUCCCCCUGCCUCUGGCUGCCUGUGAGGAAAGCUAAUUCUAGGGAGAUCUGGAAGGUUCUUAGCUCUGAGUUGGUCCAGGAAGCCCCAGUAAGGGCCUUCAAAGAACUAAACCCAAGAGAGCCAUUCUGUACCAACCAUGUAUAUCUGGACUUGUCAGAGAUCUGUGUCCUGCCCUUGGAUCUCAGCUCUGGGGCUUGCAGGGCACAGACAGUACCAGCAUCCUUCUCUCCUCCCUUUCUUCCCAUCACACCCAUAUCCCAGCCACCCUCAUCUCCUCUCCUAGCUGUCUUCCAUCCCUUCAUCUCAUUCUCCAAAACAAGGUGUUCAGCAAGGCCCCUGGCCCUCCAAGCCUGCAGGAGGUACUGAUGGGCUACAGCUCUCCCAGGCCAAGGGACCCAGCAACAUACUCAACCCUGAGUCCCCAAAGAGGUGCUCACUGCUGCUUUCUCUGGGGCUACUCACCAGUUUCCAAGGGAGCAAACCUUCAGUGGGGACAUGAAAUAUAGAAAGUAUAUAUUAUUUUUUCAUAACUUAUGUGGCUUUUAACUUAUUGCUUCCCUUCCUGUUUCUGCAUGAUCAACACUGUGUAGUAUCAAGACUUUAGAGAACUCACUUCAGCCACCAACUUGACUGGCUGACUCGGGCAAGGGGUCAAUAAAGUAUUAAGAUUCAUCUAUGGAUAAA